AUGCUUUGGACAGAGAGACAUCAGUUAAAAAUAGAACAUUUCAGGUGGAACGGGGCAGAAACCCGCAACCAUAGGAACUGUCACCGCUGCAAAGAGUCGACACGCAGACCGACAAAAAGAGAAGGAGGAGAGGAAAUAAAGUGUAAAACGGACGGGCCUUGGAGGAGACAAAGAGGGAAGAAGAAGAAGAGCAUUACCGAAGAGUACAAAAGUAGGCUAAUGCAAGUUCACACGGUCAUGUGUGGGAAGAGGCGGGUGUCUUUGGUAAAAAAUAGCUGGAGGUAG